CCGUGGAAUGAGCUGCCUGCUGCCCUGUGCCGUGCUGCCACUCAUGGGACUGCUCUUGGCCAGGACCAUGGCCUGGACGUCGAGUGGGAAGACGCACCCAGAGCUGGUCAACAACCUCUACAAAAAAGGAAUCAUUAAAUCCCAGCGAGUCUUUGAUGUGCUGUUGGCUACUGACAGAGGACACUACAUCAAGUAUUUCCCAUACAUGGAUUCUCCUCAGUCUAUUGGAUACAAGGCCACGAUCAGUGCACCACACAUGCAUGCCCACGCACUGGAGCUGCUGAAGGAUCAGCUUGUGGAAGGUGCAAAAGCACUGGAUGUUGGAUCUGGAAGUGGAUACCUUACUGCUUGCUUUGCCAGGAUGAUGGGCCCAACAGGGAAAGCUGUGGGUGUGGAGCACAUCAAAGAGCUGGUCCAUGAAUCCAUCAGAAACGUCCAGGAAGAUGAUCCAACGUUGCUCAGCUCUGGCCGUGUGAAGCUUGUGGUUGGGGAUGGCAGGCAGGGAUACCCUGAGGAGGCUCCAUACGAUGCCAUCCACGUGGGAGCAGCAGCAGCAACUGUCCCCAAGGAGCUGCUGGAGGAGCUGAAGCCGGGGGGCCGGCUGAUCCUGCCCGUGGGGCCCGAGGGUGCCAACCAGGUGCUGAUGCAGUACGACAAGACCCACGAGGGGCAGAUCGUGGAGACGCAGCUGAUGGGCGUCAUCUACGUCCCCCUGACUGACAGGGAGAAGCAGUGGCCUCGGUAACAACCUGCUGCCCCUCGAGGAGCCUCCCUCCCUGCCUUGCAGCUGCCCCUGUGAGCUUGCUCUCCUUGCCUGCUGGCUGUACUGACAGGGUCCU